UACAAUGGUUGAUAAGAUAGUCUUAUCUUAAGUUUUGCAUGUAAAUUAGAGAUGACAAGAAAACAUGUCUACAAUGGGUCAUCUCUUAGCCUUAUCUUCAAUAAUUAGUUGUUCCUAAAAAUAUGGUGAGACAAAUUAUGCUAAGAGAUCAUCUCUUGUCUUCUCUUAAAUAAGAUAAGACAAGCCUUCUCUUAUGAUUUCUCUCUUCUCCACCUAAUCAUUUAUCCUACGUGCACUUUUAAGAUAGAACCAUUUUACAUUCCCUAAGUAGCUCCUCCUCAUCCUCCCCUUUCACGCCUCACCGACUCAAAACCACCACCUCGUCGAUCCCACAUUCCCCCUUCCCUCCCGUUUCCGCCCGCAACUCGCCCUCCCCCAACGCUCAAACGUAGGUCUCAAGCCCUCUGCCACGCUCCCGCUCUGCGCCCCUCCCGCAUUCCUCGCCGGCGGCGAUUCGGCCAGUGGGGGCGGGACUUCUUCGAGCGCCUGCUGAUGGCUAACGGCGAGGCCGCGUCCAUCCGUACCCAGGCACGGGAGGUUCUAAACCUCCACUCCGACGGCCAGCACGAGCAUGCGCUGGCCCGCGCCAUGGCGCUCGGCGCCGCGCACCCGAGCUCCGCGCUCGCCCUCAACCUCGUCGGCUUCCUCCACCGCCACGCCACCCUCGUGGCGCGGAACGACAGGGGCGCCCCCGGCGGCGGCGGCGGCGACGACGACGACGACGUGUCCGCGCUGGAGGAGUACCACCGCCACGCGGCCCUCGACGCCUUCUCCGCCGCUGCGCGGCUCGCGCCCGACUGCAUCAUCACCAAUGUUGGCCACGCCGAGGCGCUCGCUGACUGCCGUCGCUACGAGGACGCCCAGAAGGAGUUUCUCCGCAUGCUCAAGACGAUCGAGAAAAACGACCAAGCCGACCGGCGCUGUACAACGUGGUGUACGACAUGAGCGGGGUCUCAAGCAGGAAGGGGAGAAGGCGCGACGCCGUGAAGAGCGCCAGCCUCGCCAUGAAGCGCUUCGCGGAAAGAAUCAACCAAAGGAUUCUGCCAUUGGAAGCCGCCAAGUUGCUGGAGGCCAGCAAUCUCGGCGGGCCCGCCGCCGGUGAAGCGCGAGACCGUGCAAAGCUUCUCGCCGAGACCUACCCCUACUCGCCGCGCGCCCAGCUACUCCGCGCGUACAUCGAGUUGGCACCAGUCCGUGCCCUCGAUCCGGCAAUGGACAAGAAGCAGCUUCUGCGGCGCGCACUCACCAUCGUGUCUCAAGCGGCAGAAAACUUCGACCGCUCGCUCAUGGUUGCCUUGUUCCACGCCAAGCUCUUGUUCCUCCUGGAUGACUUUGAUGCUGCGGAGGAAGAGUGCCGCCGGGCACUUCGCAUCGAGACGCCGAAUGACCCCAAUUGGGAUGGUAUACCUCCCAUGGCUGCUCUUGGGGCAGAUUCUGAUGCCAGAGUAUCUUAUGUCAAGAAGCAGCUCCGUGUCUUGCUCAAGCAGGAUCAUAGUUGUGGCUGCACUAUACUGGUCCUCUAUGAAGAAUGCAUUGCAGGGCCAGCACGUCGUAUCUGUGACGGUUGACACGCUGCAUGCGCACUAUGAUGGAAUCGACAAGUCGGCAGCAAAGACCAUAUCUGAUGCAAGGCGGUUUCUCAAGAAUCAAGAGUCAUGGAGUUUCCGGAUUUGCCUCAAUUCCCGUUGCCAUGGCAAGAAGUUUCUGAACACCAGUUCGCUCUGGCAACACAUGUGCAGCAAGCACCGAGAUGAGCUCUGGGGGAAUCUGCAGUCAGUUAUAGAUCCAGAAUAUUGUGAAAAUGCAUCACAGGGUGAUCACUUGGUAGAUGAUAUAACGUUCAGCCACCAGCCUGACACCUUCCUUUUACCAAGGGUGCAUAAUAUGUUUGAAUCCUUGCUGCUUUCACCAUCUGUUGGAAUACAGGCAGAGCCCUUCGCUGAAAUGCGACAAAGGAAAUGCAGAGAAGGAUCUGAGAUCCUUGAGAUCAUCAGGGAGAAGCUGAUGAUGUUGCCUCAAGAUACACUUAGCACUGAGGUCUAUCACUUCUACAUAUGGCAUGGUUUCAAUUUAGCAUUCUUCCUUAGUUCACUGUUCUGCUGGUAUUGAUGUUUAUCAGACUAAUGAUUGGCUUGCUUGUUCAUUGCAGUUUCAGGAGCGCUGUUCUGGAAUAGAGGAAUUGUGGCUUAAGUUUCUCGAAGUUACUGUUGUGGACUAUCGUGAAAUCAUUCUUCCCCUUGCGAGAUCAUACCAAUGGAUAGAAUUGAAGAAACAGAUUCCUUUUUAUCUAAAUCAUCCUGGUAGUAGGCGUAUCGGAUUUGCUGAUGCCAACAUUGAUAUU